UUUAAAUAUAAAGCAGGCGUCAGGGUCUGGAUCAAACCCCACCACCUCCUGUAUACCGGGCGAAGGAGAUAACAUCUUGCCACCAACUUGCUGUAGAAGUUCCUCUCUCGACACUCAUCUCACGAAUGAGCCACGGCAGCUGAGCCUCACCGAUUUAUGUUAACAGCGCUCAUUUCUAUAAAUGUCAAGGUGUGUGCAGUAGCCGUGUUCACCUUGAGGCUGCUGUUUGCACACCAAGGGGCGCGGGUUCACAUUCCAGGCAGUGUCUCGCGAUGUCAGUGACGACAAUGAAAAUAUUUAAAGUAUUUUACUUCCUUCUUCACCGUCACUAUAAGAGAGAGGUCCUGGUCCAGCGUCUUUCUGAGCCACACAGCGAGCGAUCCCAGCGAAGCCAUGGGUCAUGGCGAGCGCGACUCCCAGUGAGAGUGUGGAUAGUGAGCUGCGCUGCUCCAUCUGCCUGGGCACGUUCGUCUGCCCCUCCACGCUGAGCUGCGGACACUCGUUCUGCCUGCGGUGCCUGGAGGCCGCCUGGGAGACGGGGAGCAGCUUCAGCUGCCCGCAGUGCCGAGCGACCUUCCCUGUGCGACCCCAGCUGAGGAGGAACGUGGCCCUCGCCAACCUGGCGGAGCAGCUCAGAGUUGGGGACGGGAUGGCCGCGGUCGUCAAGUGUGACAACUGCGGUGAUGGCCACACUCCUGCAGUGAGGACCUGCCUGAGAUGUGAGAUGUCCUUCUGUGCGACGCACACGAGGCCUCAUGUGGAGAAUCCCAGGCUGAGUGAUCACGUCCUGGUGGCUCCCAUCGCGAACCUGGAGGAGCGACGGUGCCGGGAGCACAGCAGGGAGCUAGAAUUCUACUGCACAGUAGACAGCAGCCUGGUCUGCUCAACUUGCACCAUCGCAGGUGAACACAAAGGACAUGAUGUCACCACGCUGAAGAAGGAGCACGAGAUACGGAAGACGCGCGUAGGGGAGGAGACGCGAGCGGUGGAGGAGAAGAGGAAGAAGGCGGAGGAGUCCGUGAAGCGGAUGGAGGCCACUCGCAAGGAGGCGCAGGAAUCGGUGGCCGGGAUCAGGGGUCGCAUCACGGGCAAGUUCGCCCGCCUAAGGGAUGCUCUGAACGAGGACGAGAGGGAGGCUCUCCAACGCGUGGCCGUGAAGGAGCGCGAGAUGCUGUCCCGGAUAGACGAGGACAUCGCUCGUCACAAGCGGGAAAUCGGGGAGCUCCAGGCGGCGGCCGCUCGCCUGCGCACCCUGCAGCACGAGAGGGACUCGCUCGCCUUCCUGCAGGGGCACCUGGAGGAGAUGCGCAGUUCUCCCAGGAGAGAGAUCCCAAAGGAAUCUGCACCCGCACCUCCCACUUCACUGGACGCCACCACGAUCCGCUCCCUUGAAAGCGUCGUGAACAGAUUCCUGCCUCUCGUCUAUGGACGCUCACCGACUCUGGACACAAACUCAGCCCACGACCGCCUCCAGAUUUCCCCGGAUCUCAGGACGGUGACGCUGAGCAAUGUCCCCCAGCGUCGCCCCCAUCACCCACACCGCUUUGAGCGCUGGCGACAAGCGCUGUGCUCUGAGAGCUUCUCGUCGGGUCAGCACUACUGGGAGGUGGACGUGGGGAGCGCGAGGCGGUGUCGGGUUGGAGUCACGUACGGGACGAUCCCACGGAGAGGGGUUGGUGCUGAGUGCUGCCUGGGAGAGAGCGACGUCUCCUGGUGUCUACUGAAACAUGACGACAGCUUCUUAGUGAUGCAUGGCGGGGUAGUGACGUCACUGUCGGUGCCGCAGCCUCCGCGGAGAGUCGGGGUCCACCUGGACUGGGACGCGGGGCUGCUGUCGUUUUACAGCGCAGACUCCAUGGCGCUGUUGCACUCGUUUCACCAAGCAUUCACUCAGCCCCUACACCCUGGGCUGAUGGUGGGGUAUAAUGGUGACUCGGUGAGGAUCGUGGAUCUGAGUGGCGCGUCCUGAGAGAGGUGAACAUGAACAGCGCAGAGGGCAGACGCCACGACGCACGGCGCUCGCCACCCUCGUCACCGCCACGCGCAGCGCCACGCCCGUGACUGGCUGGUGGCUGUCGGUGGCUAGGGGCUGCGUGGCUCCCCAUCACAACGGGAGGGGGGGCUGAGCGUAAACAAUCCUCACAACCUUCAUAGGGGGGUGGGGGUGUUAAAAUAAGUACCGCUCUGUGUGUGUUUGAAGCCAACGUGGAUGAAUUCACCCUGCCAGAGGAGUGUGACUGUAGUGUAGGGUGCAGUGAUUAGCAACAAUGGUGAACUGGGAUGUGUUUAUACACUGGUGGUGUCAUGUGUUGUGGGAGAGAUACAACAACAAUAAUAUUAAUGUUAAAAAGUAUAAAUGUACGCGCACGACAGUGGCGUUGUAACGCUUGUAUCGUCGAUUCUACAAUAAAAAUACAGAACACAACAACAACAA